AUGAGUGUCCAUGUGGUAUCCUACAAUCUAUUAGUACCAAUUCUUGCUGAAGAACCGGGAUACUUUUAUAAAUGUCAUCCAAAAUAUAUCGAUAGAAAUUAUCGAUUAGGCUUCAUUCAAUCUGAACUGCAACGAGAAAUUUCUCGUCACAAAAAUGCAAUCAUUUGUUUACAAGAACUUUGUCGAACAACGAUACCGUUAUUUAAUGAAUUUUUUCGCCAACAAAAUUACCGCUUGAUUCAUAAAUCCUACGGUGAAAAAUUUAAUGACUAUAUGGGUGUUGGCAUAGCUAUACCAAACUCUAUGCGAUCCGCAUCUGCCGCGUUCAUCAAAGUCAGUGAUAAAAUUAAAGCUCGCUUAAGUCAGAAAGCAACAGAUAGCUUGUCAAUAUUGAGUAGAUUUCGUCAAUAUUUAAGAGACAAAUCUUCGCGUGGAACAUCUGAUCCUUGGGAUAUUGCUAUGAAUAAAAAGAAUAUAUUGAUAUUUAUACGGGUUAUGAUUCAUGGAGUUCCUUUAUGUAUCGGUACGUAUCAUAUGCCUUGUUUGUACAAAUUUCCUGAUGUCAUGUUGAUACAUGCAACGAUGGUAAAAGAUUUAAUGUUUGAAUUGGCAAGGGGAGAUAACAUGAUUUUAGCAGGCGAUUUCAAUAUGCAACCUACUGCUAAUUGUUAUCGUGCAAUUACUGAACUUGGCUGUACUUCUUGCCAGCUGCCAAAAUCAAAAAUCUAUGAAGUUUAUUAUCGACCUGAUGCUAAUCAUAUAUUAAGAAGUGCCUAUGUAGAAAAAAAUGGAAUUGAACCACCUUUUACUGCAUUCUCAUCCACUCCAAAUAGUCCUGACUUUUGUGCUACUAUGGACUAUAUCUUUUUUUAUGGUCGCCUUCUAGUAAAUAAUGUAUUACGUUUGCCAAAUUAUCCAGAUAGUGAAUCUUAUCCUGAUGCAACGCAUCCUUCCGAUCAUUUAAUGAUUGCAGCAACUUUUCGAUUGGGCUGA